AUGGACCCAAGCAAGCAGCCCACGGCCUUCAUUGGUCUUGGGGCGAUGGGGUUUGGAAUGGCGACUAAUCUUGUCCGCCUUGGAUAUCCAGUCACAGGAUUCGAUGUUUAUGGACCGACUCUGAACAAGUUCAAGGCAGCAGGCGGCCUCACAGCGACAAGUCCAGCCGAAGCUGUCACGGGCAAGGAGUUCUGUGUUGUCAUGGUUGCCACAGCGGAACAGGCGCAAGGCGUCUUGUUUGAAGGUGACGCUCCGGCCCUAUCGGCCCUUCAACAAGGAGCAGUGGUGCUGCUGUGCUCGACAGUUCCAUGCGCUUACGUGCAAGGUCUUCAGAAAGAGCUGGUUGCAAGAAAUCGAGGUGACAUCGCUCUGGUGGAUUGCCCGGUGUCCGGAGGUGCUGCCAGAGCUGCGGCCGGUACUCUAUCGAUCAUGGCCGGCGCAGAAGAGGAGGCUAUCCGAAGGGGCCUUCACCUAUUGCAGGCUAUGUCGGAUCCCGAGAAGCUUUAUAUCGUCAAGGGCGGCAUCGGCGCUGGAAGCAAUAUGAAGAUGUGCCAUCAGGUACUCGCAGCCAACCAAAUCCUCUCGUCGAGCGAAGCGUUGGGCUUUGCAACGCAUCUUGGCUUGGAUCUCUCAAGUACUGGCGAAAAGAUCAUCAAGUCAGAGGGUUGGAGCUGGAUGUUUGAGAACCGGCUACCACGCAUGCUGGACGCUCAAUUCGGACCUCUUGCCAGUGCGGUCACGAUCAUUCUCAAAGACACUAGCAUCAUUACUUCAGAGGCGCGUCGGGCCGUAUUCCCCACUCCGAUGACCUCUACGGCGGAGCAGGCCUAUUUCGCCGCCCUCGGUAAAGGCUACGGCCCGGACGACGAUGCCAGUCUCAUUCGACUAUACAUCGAAGGAGCGGGAAAGGUUGGACCGGUCAAGCCUACCGUCACGUCCGAAGAAGGCAAGCUAAGCCUCGUCGUCAACCUUCUCCGUGGCAUUCAUCUUUGCGCGGCAGCCGAGGCAAUUGCUUUCGCACGCUUUGUUGGUUUGCAUUUGGAGCAGGUCUUUGAGCUCUGCAUUAACGCUGCCGGCGGUAGCACAAUGCUUUCCGGCGAGGGCCGGCGCAUUGUGGAUGCCAUCGCGGCCGGUAGGUCUACACACGAUUGGGCUGCCUCCGGCAACGAAAGUCUGCUUCAGACAAUAUCAAGCGAUCUCCAGGAGGCGGUCGAUGAGGCACAAAGACUGAAGCUACCGCUAUUCCUCGGAACGCAGGCUCUCAACUUGAUCCGCAGUGUUUUGCUGACUGCCGGGCCAAAGGCGCCUGGUUUGGCACUUGGAUCCGUCGUUAGUGGUUGGACCGCAAGAGGUAACCCCGCGGCAUAA